GGCAUCUCUCAGAGGAGUUAUGGUUGAAAAGGGUAAUUGUACUUCUUCUUUGACAGAAAUUAGGGUCUUGCGAGUUUCCCUUGUAGAUGAACUGGAAGGACGGAUUGACUCUCUGCUAGAGAGCCUAGUAAGCCAAGAAGUAUUCUCUCGUGAUGACCGCGAAGAAGUGCUGUGUCAGUUGGGGCCUCGGGCAAGAGUAAGAAAAGUGCUCGAUAUCCUGGAGUGUAAAGGUGAGGAAGCAGCCAAGACUUUCCUCUCCAUUAGCACUCGUCACCAGCAAGAAGCACACCAGACAGACUCCAAAGAAAGCAGCAGAGAUCAGCAUCAGUCAAUAGAUUACAACAAAGUCAAACAAAAGCAUAAAGAUGUCCUUAGGCGCAGGAGUGAGAGCAUGCUCUUCUACAACACUCGACAUGGAGAGAAAAUUCUUUUUUCUGAACAUUAUGUCAACCUCCUGUUGGUCGACGGCCACCAGGGCUUAGAGAUGAAACGACACGAGGUGCUCUCCUUUGGACAAAAGCGACUAUCUUUACAGCAGAAUUUGGCGGUGCAUAAGAAAAUCACACCAGCAGAACUCUUCUCAAGUGCAAACCGUCCUGUCAGGAAGAUUCUGGUGACGGGGGUAGCUGGCAUUGGAAAGACCAUCCUGGUGCAGAAGAUGUUGCUUGAUUUUGGGGGAAAUAAAGAUAAUCUUGCAUUUGACUUUAUCAUCCACAUGUCCUUCAGAGACCUGAAUCUGAUCGACAAACCCACAAACUUCCGGGAGUUGGUCUUGCGGAAAAACAGGCACCUGGCUAAAGAAAUAGAUAACAUCUUGGCGAAUGACGACAAGUUGUUGAUCAUCAUGGAUGGCUUCGAUGAGUUCAGACACCACAGGAGCUGCGAUGUGGACGUAUUUGUGACUGAGCCAGACGAAGAUGCUGAGAUAGUACAGCUGUUUGGAAGUCUGAUGCAAGGUGAGCUGUUACCCAACGCCUCUGUCAUGCUCACCAGUAGACCUGCAGCUAUUAACCACAUCCCAGUGGGCUGUAUCGACCGCUUUGUGCUCAUCACUGGUUUCUCCAUGGCUGAAGUUCAAGACUUCUUCUCACGUUAUUUCAAAGACAGUGACCUUGCUGACCAAAUGUUUGCGGUGGUAACGGCAAAUGAACUAAUGCUGACACUGUGUUACAUACCUGCAUUUUGCUAUAUUGUGUGUUGCAUCCUAAAAGAAAGCACAGAUCUCUAUGGAGAAAGCCCAAAGACUAUGACAGACAUUUAUGUACAAUAUCUGGUGGCAUUGCUUCGUUCUCACACCCAAGCUAGAGCUGAAACAGUUCUUCAAGAGCAAAGAGCAGGGGCCACACAGCAGCUGUCUGACGUUGUGCUGAAGCUGGGCGAACUCGCUUUCAAAAAACUCAUGGACCAUCAAACACUGUUCUACAGCAGCGACCAUGAUGUUGCAGCACUACAGGGAUGCAGCCUCGUAAGUACCUUCCUUGACAAGACGGUUGCACAGGAACCUGGCUGUACCGAAGAGGUUUAUUCCUUUGGUCAUCUUACCGUUCAAGAAUUCUUUGCUGCAGUUUAUUGUGCAGUGACAGAUCAUCCUUUACCUGAUGCACUUCAGCACUCCGCCAGUCUUGGAGAGACGUCAAACAAUGGACACUUGGAUCUUUUUAACCGCUUCCUUUCAGGAAUUCUUUCUGAACGCAAUGCUAAUCUUCUGUCCAGGCAGGUGGGGUUGAGUUGCCAUAAAGAGAAAGUGGAAACCUAUCGUCAGAAGAUGAUCAAGGAGCUUAAAAUGCUCUGUGAGAAUGGGGCCAAUAUCCUAAACCAUUUACACUGCCUGUUCGAGCAACAGGACUCCUCAUUAGUCAUUUCCAUACAACCAGAGACACUGCGAGUCAAUGUAGGUGACGAAACACUCUCCCAAAUGGAUUACAAUGCCAUCAAGUACUUCCUUAACCUCACAAAGGGCAAAAUAUCAGAGCUGGAUUUGACAGGGACAGGACUAAGCUCUGAGGCACUUAGAGAUAUUCAACCUCUACUGCUCAGAUGUGAGCACCUAUGGCUUGGAGAAAACAACCUUGAUAUGGACACAGUUCAGGUCAUUGCUGAUGUGCUGCAAGUGUCAGAUAGUGUAACACAACUAGGACUUGGAUGGUCAAACAUUGGCGAUGAAGAACUACUGGUUCUUUCUAGUGCCAUACGAGUGAAAAAAAAGCUUGAAGAACUGUGGAUGGAGGGAAACCGAGUGAGCUACAGAGGUCUGAUGUCUCUCAGUGACUUAACUCCAAGUCCUCUGAAAAAAGUUGUAGCCAUAUGGAAUGACUCGGUGGACACACAGCCAGAGUACCUUUGUGAAGUCUCUGCCCAUGAAAGCAUUACUGUGAACUUCACAGAUGACAAUAUGUGGGAAGCAUGGGGGGACUGGGUCUUCAAAAGGUGUGAAAUCAGCAGCAAUGAGAAACUGGUGACGGUACUCCAUAAAGUGUGCAACAUAUCAGCCUGCUGCUUAGAGGCCCAGUGGGCGAAGACCUUCUACACGAAACUCUCACAGCUUGUCAGGAGCAGGAUUGAGUGCUGCACUGAGGAAGACAUGUGCAAGAGACUCGAAAACUUCCAAACUGUUUUAAACCUAAGAUAG